AAAAACCCAGGACGACCAGACAUGUUUGACAAUCGCACGUAUGAUUAACGUUGUUUCAAUCUCUGCUGAUCUGUUCUAGUGUUCCUGUUCCUUCCUGUUCCUGCUUUUAGAACGCUGUGGUGUACUAAAAGUUUCCCGUUUGGAGCCUUGGUCUUCUCAAUGAUUCACAGCUCAAAAAUCCAAGAAGUAAAAGCAGUGAAGAAUAUGGAGCUCGGGUUUCUCGUAUUUCUUCUCCUUGUCAACCUUCUUUUUCCCGUUUCCUCUGGAGAAACUAGUGGUGUGUGCAUAUCGCAAGGUGGUCGUUUUCCACCCUUCUCCUCUGAGGGGAAACCUCCAAAAAAGGUGGGGAAGGGACACAAAGAUUUGACACUUUGUAGGGUGUUUCGGAAAAAGACUUGCUGUGAUACUGCCCAGACACAUCCUGCUUUACUUUCUAUUAGGAGGCUGGCUUUGACAGGGGAGGCGAGCCAAGAGUGUUUGCAUUUGUGGGAAUUGCUGGAAUGUUCCAUCUGUGAUCCACAAGUUGGUGUUCAGCCUGGACCCCCACUUAUAUGUACCUCCUUCUGUGAUAGAGUAUUUCAGGCUUGCUCUAGUGCUUACUUCUCGAUGGAUGUGAAGACACAGGUUCUAGCACCAUGUGGAGUAAAUGACUUUGUUUGUGGUAGAGCAUCUGAAUGGGCAUCCAAUGGCACAGAACUAUGCCUUGCUGCAGGUUUCGGUGUUAAACAGUCUGAUCUCAUGCAUGGUGGUGUUGAAGAAGUGACUUGUUAUGGUGGCAAAGCCAGUCUUGAUUCAAUUGCUGAUUCAUGGGGAGCUUCACAAUCUGAGAAGCCCCACAAAACUGGGAACUUUGGCCUCUUAGAAGAUUUCCAGCAGUGGUUGAAGGAUAUUCCAUCUAAUGAAAGAGUUUCUUGGGCAGUGGGAGGCAUGGUUCUUACGGCAGGCCUGCUAUUUAUAAGCAAAAGAAAGAGCCAUAGCCAACGCCAAAAACUCGCAGCUAUUCAACGCACUGCAAGAAGACUAGAAGGCAAGAUGUACCAGACAUCAUCCCCUUCUAAUCUGGGAAAUAGGAAAGGAAACCGAAGAUGAACAUCGCCGCUGUUCUUGCAAUUAAAACUAUUGGAAUUUGAUUACCUUUGCCGGAUUGAUCAAGUUUUCAAGAUGUUGUUUAGGUGGAAUGAGAAAUUAAGUGAGUUUUUCAGUUGUACAAUAACAAAAAUCAUUUUGAUGAUGGCUGACAAAGUUCUGAGUUAAGUAAAGAAAUUUAUAGAAGAUGGAGAAAGUUGUUUUUUGCUUGGUACACACCUUGAAACAGGAUAUCCGAGAAAAAGCAGUUUCCUAUUUGUUACACGUUUUAUCCUAGUGAUGCACUUUCAUUGUGGUAUUGUAGCAAAAAUAGAAGUUUGCCGUUUCCUUUUUGGCCUUAAAAUCAUUGAAAGUUUUUCCAGUUUGGAAUUUCCGAAUGUUAUUUACUUAAGGCGAAGCUGUAGUCUAAGCCUAGUUGAUACACUGAAAAAUUUCAACUUGUUUUGAAAUUUGUUGUUUAAAAUUUAGUUUGAACUCGAGUUGGA